UAGUAAAUUUCUGUGAGUGAAUUGGUAUUUUUUAGUCGUUCAGCGGACAGGUCAUACCAUACGCAUCCCAUAUAUAUCGAAAUAAGUUGAAGUUACAUAAAUAGCAGAACCAAAAUGCUGCGUUCGGCGAUGAUGUCAUCGACCCUGACCCGGGCUCUCCAAAAGGUAGCCUCGACUUCGAAUACGAUACCCGCGGUGCCCGCACUUAAUAUGGUUUUGGUGCGGAAUCAACAAACUCUUCCGGUCGCCGAAGUUGCCCAGACGUUGCCAAAGAAAGGAUACUCCCCAUUUGGGACAAAACAGUCCUCCGUUGCGGAAUGGUCGUUGGCAAGGCUAGAUGAUCUCCUUAACUGGGGUCGCAAGGGGUCGAUUUGGCCACUAACUUUCGGCCUCGCUUGCUGCGCCGUGGAAAUGAUGCACAUCGCAGCUCCACGAUACGAUAUGGAUCGGUAUGGUGUCGUAUUCCGUGCAUCUCCCCGACAGGCCGAUGUUAUCAUUGUCGCGGGCACUUUGACCAAUAAAAUGGCACCGGCAUUGCGAAAGGUGUACGAUCAAAUGCCCGAGCCACGUUGGGUGAUCUCCAUGGGCAGUUGUGCCAACGGCGGUGGUUACUACCAUUAUUCGUAUUCAGUCGUCCGCGGUUGUGAUCGGAUAAUCCCCGUCGACAUAUAUGUACCUGGUUGUCCACCAACUGCUGAGGCACUAAUGUACGGCGUUCUGCAGCUACAGAAGAAAGUUAAGCGUAUGAAGACCCUUCAGAUGUGGUAUAGGAAAUAAGGCAACAAGAUCAGAACAUAAACUUAAAAUGUGAAACAUCAAUCGACAUAAUUUUUUUCGAACAGAAAUUAUAUUAAAUAUUGUUCUGCCAAUGGCGUUCAGUUGUAUAUAUUGUUUUUUGGAUCACGAGGAUAUUUCAAAUAAAUGCCUUUCGAUAAUACAA